CGAGGCUGAGAUCAGGCAACAUAAUUCACUUUUGAGGAACUGCUUCCUCUGAAAUAAACUAAAAAACUUUAAGGGCUUCAUCGUUUCAUGGAAAAAGAAGCACGUUUAUUCUUUUUUUAAACGUGUUCUACCUGCUGCAUUAAUUUCGAUUUAAAUCUUUUUUUUUCUUUUAGAUAGUCACUAACCAGUUAAAGAUGUCUUUGUUCUCCUCGGUUGCGUGUUAAGUAAUUCAUUUUAAUCCGGUAUGGUUAUAAACCACCAAUGUCAAGCUUCACGACACACAGCAGUCAUGUCUCUCACACUCCUACACACUCCUUCCCCUGCCGACGCCUUACACACCCAGAGGUUUGGACGCACGCACGCAAGCAACGCACGCACCCACGCACACAACAACUGGAGCCUGAAAAUCUGUCAAUUCCUGCCGCGUGGUCACGUGGCCUCCUCCUCAGUGGAGUGGAUGGAGAUGGCUCUCCACGUCAGCUUACGUAUCCCAAUUUGUGCUUAGCGAACCUGCUUCAAAGAGGCGAGAGGCACGGCGCUUCAGAGCCAUGUUCGGGGUGGUUAUAGAGGAAUCAAAGCCCAGCACAGAUUUGUAGAAGCGGCCGAGCAACGAUGAUGGAUUUUGACGAGAGGGUCCCCGUCGGAUCGAACAUGUACUUACCCAGUUGCACUUACUACGUGUCGGCGGGGACCGAUUUCUCGGGUCUUCCCUCGUUUUUGUCUCAGACCCCUUCCACCCGCCCAAUGACAUACUCCUAUUCCUCUAACCUGCCGCAGGUCCAGCCCGUCAGGGAGGUGACAUUCAGGGACUAUGCGGGUAUCGAAGCGCCCGGUAAGUGGCCGCACCGGGGGAACUUGUCCCAGUGCUACUCGAGCGCGGAAGACAUGGUGCACCGGGAGUGCCUGUCGGCGCAGACUGCCGUCGUGGGUGACAUGUUUGGUAAAAACAGCCCCUACCACCACCACCACCACCAUCACCAUCACCACCAUGGCAGCGGGAGCGGCGGAGGUGGCGCUGCGGGUGCUGGCUCCGCCGCCGCAGCAGCCGCCGCUAGCUUCUACGGGAGCGUGGGCAGAAAUGGCGUGCUCCCGCAAGCCUUCGACCAGUUCUACGAAACCGCGUACGGGAACGCGUCGGAGAGCUCGUCGUCGGUGAACACCGCCUUCUCAGGGGACAAAACGCCUGCAAGCAAGCAGCCGGAGCAGACGCCGUCCUGCCGGGACUCCGAGGCAAAGGAGCAGCGAGAGGAGACAAGCAGUCCGGAGCUAUCUUCCGGCAACAAUGAGGAGAAAUCCAGCAGCGGCAGCAGCAGCAGUGGACAGAGGACGCGCAAGAAACGAUGUCCCUAUUCCAAAUAUCAAAUAAGAGAACUUGAACGAGAAUUUUUUUUCAGCGUGUACAUAAACAAAGAGAAGCGGCUGCAACUGUCGCGGAUGCUCAACCUCACCGACCGACAAGUCAAGAUCUGGUUUCAGAACCGGCGCAUGAAGGAGAAGAAGCUGAACAGAGACAGGUUACAGUACUACACGUCCAAUCCUCUGCUUUAGGGGGGAUCCAGGAAAGAAAAAAAGGAGAAGCACAUUGCUCCGGUUCCCCCUCCCCUCCUGUGGGACUACAUAGGGUUCGUCCACAGACUCACUGACUUCUCCUCAGUGUACUUCGUGUACUAUACCACAGUGGCCGGCGACGGCAGCAAUAACACUGCUAGAUUGUUCAUUUCAAUGUUCGAUGACACGCAGAAUGCGCCGAUAUGAAGUAUGCGUUCAUGGGCCGUGGUUUUGCGCAUCAAACUGAUUCUGAAAAGAAAGGGAGAAAAAUACAUAGAAACUGUUUUUUUUCUUCUUCUUCUUCUGUGUGCGCUCCAGGUCUCUGUUUUCGGAAAGAGCCAUGUUGUUAGAACCUGUUUGUUCUUAUUUGUCAGGGGAGAAAAAAAAAAACAGUCAUUAAUUGACUGCCUAAGUGUAUUUUGUAAUCAAAAAAAAAAUAUUAUUUUAUUUCAUUUUUUUGUUUUUUUGUUUGUUGUUUAAAUCAGAAAUGUGCUGGAUUUAAACUUUAAGGCGAGUAGGUUGACCUAUUUAGGGAGAUUGGUGGAGCCUACAUUGGUGUGACCAAAUAAUGAGUCCGUAUACGGACGCGAAUGAUGGGUGUUUCUGUUCAUGUGUGUGCUUAUUUAUUUUGUAUGGCCACUCGUUUGCUCUAUCUCUUUUUUAUGCCACGGCUGUCCGAGUCCCAGUCCACGGGCAAGCUGUUGAGAUUCCGCCCCAAACCAACUUUUCUUAUCUCUGACGGUCGCCUAUGGAAGAAAAACAAAAAAAAGAGGGCUAAUUAUUUAUAUAAUGCGUAUCUUUUAAAACACGUAAAGCCAUGCUGAUGAUCAUAUGCAGGCCAAAACCAGACAGAUAAGCUUUGUCCGCUUGGAUCCGGAGCACUGAGGUGUUCACGCAGGUGUAGCUUAGAGCUUAUCCCUCCAAUCUUUCGACUUCUAUGCAUCCUUUUUAUGAGGCAUAUCAGACCUUGUUUUUACGAAAUCCAGAAAAUGUGUUGAUCAUUUGACUGUAGGAUCCCGUCCAAUUUUUAGUUUUUUACACAAACGAAGACAUUAAAUGUCAAAAUUGAUUAGCCAAUUAGAACACCUUUUCAACCAAAUUGAAACGCCACAGUACAUUUGGUUGAGCGUUCAAACGUUUAAAGAAGAUUCUCAAGCUUUCAGCAUAUAAGGCUAUUUAAGUCUUCAUCUUUAGAUAAAUACUCUAAAUUGAGAGAAUAAAAGUUAGCCCAUGGGUCGUGUCUAAAUUUUUCCUGUACAAAGAGGUUGAAUGUCGUAAUUGGUUUGCUCAUUAUACCCACAUUUAGACAUCAACAGACGCAUAGACGUCUUUCCGUCUUUGACUUUUUAAACCACAUUUUUGUUGUUGUUGUUUAGUCAGAACGCAAGUCAAGAAGAGUUUGCGAGGGGAUAUUCUGCUGCAGAAAAGUAACAACCUCAUUGUCACUUUUUAUAUAAUACGUUUGAUUGUGUUUUCAAAUAAUAAUAAAAAAGAACAGCCUGCGCAGCUUUUUUCACCUUUUACCAAACAUG